AGAGUUUGCUUUUUAUACAUUUUUUUGCCAUUAGGUUUGUGAAACGGUUUCUUUUCCCUUCGAUCUCAUUUGCCUUGUUUGAUAUAUAUAUAUGAUUGCCCUUACUUUCAGGCAAAGUAAAAGGUUUUAUAUUUCAAGCAACGUAGACACACACUUGCACACAUAGCGCAUCUCCUUUCCACGCCUUUUUUUAGUCGGUUGCGAAGCACUCACAAGCUGCCUCCGCAGACACCGAUAAACCAAGCAGGAAAAAUAGUUUUAAAGACUACUCACAGAGAGUGAAAAAUAAAAGAGGGAGGUUAGAGUGACCAGACUCGCGUAGUAGACUUACCCUGUCUUCUCUAUUUGAUUCUUUACUCUCUUUUUUUCCCGGUUCUAUCCUCCAUUGUUCUUUUUUUUCUUCAGCUUUCCUGUAUCUCACAGCGUCCUCAACAGCAUUGCUUCGUUUUUGUUGUCGUAAGCAGCGAAAACACGAAAAACGUGACAGGUUGCUUCAGAGCGUUGUGCCCAAUAGCGUUAGUUUUGACAUACGGUUUGUUGGUUUCCUUCUUUGUACCUCUGUCGUCGUCUUUCUUUUCUUCUCUCCUUCUCAUUCCUAUUUGUCUCUUUUAUUUGUUUCUUUCCACCUCCGUAACGACCACUUCAAGAUGACGACCGUUGGCAAUCAACGUGUGAUGGUGUCCGUCCGUGUGCGUCCGAUGCUGCGUGAGGGCGCCAUCAACCAGCAGCAGGAGAAGUUCGAGCUGCAGGGCGUUUACCGCGUCGGCGAUAAUGGUCUUCGGGUGGAGCUCACGAAGCCUGGCGAACCGUCCAAGAGCAGUUUGUUCUCCUUCGAUUACAUCUUUGAUCAGGAGAGCACGCAGCUGGAGGUGUACGAGGACGCCGUUGUGGACAUGGUCGAUGCCGCGCUGGUGGGCGUCAACGCGACCCUUCUCGCCUACGGCCAAACGGGCUCAGGUAAGACCUUCACAGUGCUGGGUGAUGUGAAACCGAACCCGCUCGAAAACGAUUUACUCACGACCAACAGCGGCAUGUUCUUGCGUGUGCUGAGCGACUUGAUGGAUUACAAGAUCCGUCAGGCGAAGAAGGGCUGGCACGUGGUCGUCGGUUUGAGCUGUAUGGAGAUCUACAACGAGAACAUUCGUGACCUCUUCGGCGGCAAGCCCGGCACGGCGCCGCCGCCGCUGAAGGCGGUGAUGAUCGGCGAGGACGUGAUACUGCCGUCGUUGAUCAUCAAGGAGAUGAGGUCGCUGCAGGCGGUGUUCAACGAAAUUCAACUUGCCAUUUCCCGUCGCUCCACCCGUGCCACCGACUCGAACUCUUCCUCCAGUCGCAGUCACUGCCUCUUCUCGAUCGACAUCCUGCAGCAGGCUGCCAGCGCCGCAGCACCGUCGCUCUCUAUUCUGGAUCAGUCGAACAAAGCGAACAGCGCGCAAAAGUCGGGCGACAAGCGAGCGGUAACGCCGACUUCGAAGAAGGGCGGUAACGCGAACGGAGGUAGCAACCAGCCGGAGGCCGUCCUGCCGCCGUAUGAGAUGCCGUUUCAGGGCACCAUUUUCCGCCUACCGGAGCAGAAGGAGCCCAUCUACGCCAGCAAGAUCAUCCUGGCCGACUUGGCUGGUAGCGAGCGCAUCAACCGCAGUCACGUGACCGGCGCGGGUCUGAAGGAGGCCACGUCGAUCAACAGCAGUCUGACGGCGCUCGGGAAUGUCGUGCACAGUCUGCACGAGGGCAGCUUCGUCAGCUACCGCAUCUCGAACCUCACGUCGCUGCUGAAGCCCACCUUCUCGCACCCAAGCUCGCGUGUGCUGCUGCUCGCCCAGUGCUCGCCGACGCAGCUCACGUACGACGAGACGGUCAGCACGCUGCACUUCGCAAACAAGGUGAAGGACAUGAAGGUCACCUCGUCCACCGGGGCGGAGGCGGAGAAACUGCAGUUCGACUUCCUCGAGUCCGGCAAGACGUACGACUCGCUGCUUGCUGAUCUGCACAUCUUCGCGAUCGACGCGAUGGCGAAGCCGGCCGUCAUUCGCCGCAAGCUGCCCCAGCACGACGGUGUCUACUACGAUGUGAACGCCAGCAAAGCCGGUAAGACGGCGAAGGUGAACGUGAAGGACCGUCGUGCUGCGGCGGAAGAGAUGGGCGCCAUGACUGAGGCGGAGCGGGAGCGCGCGCAGCUGCAGGCGCAGCAGGAUAAGGAGAAGGCGGAGGAGGCGACGAGGGUGAGGAACGCCAUCGACGAGCAGCGCGACGAGUACGUCAAGGAGAACGCCAAGGCGCUCAUGGAGACGAGGAAAAUGAUUGAUGAACAAGUGUCCUUGCGCGCCCACCACGCCGCCCAGCAGACGCUGCUUGAGUCUGCUGCCCGCAGCACCCAGAUUAUGGAGGAGGAGGCCGAGGAGUGGGCCGCGUUGAAUCUCCAGUACCUGCAAGAACACCGGAAUUCCUGCCAGACAGAGGUGGCGAGCAGCUCGGAGCGGCUCGAGGCGGUAUCGCGUGAGGUUAACCGCCAGCUCCUCGCCGCGGCGGCGCACGAGACGGCUGAGACGGCGGCCGACGACACUCGCUACGCGCUGUCCACGUGGAGCCACUGCAACGCCAAGCGCUUCUUCUCGAACUGUAUGGAGCUGCGCGAGGAUCAGAUGUGCGUGCUGAGCGUCUCGCGUGGAAACGCGGCGCUGGAACGCUGGAAGAGGAGCAACGCGCCGCUGUUGAAAAAGUUUCAGGAAGAGAACAGGGUGUAG